AUGUCGAAAGUAGGCCAGCCGGAACUGAAGCGCUUCCUCGACAAGCGGGUGGCGGUCAACAUCCAGGGCGGGCGCAAGAUCAACGGCACGCUGCGCGGCUUCGACAUGUUUCUCAACCUCGUCGUCGACGAUGCCGUCGAACAGGUCCACCCGGACUCUGGCAACGUAAACGCCUGGCAGGAUGGAGAGAGUUGUGGCACCGUCGUCGUCCGUGGUAACAGCGUAACGUCACUCGAGGCGCUCGAAUACGUCAAGACGCGAUAG